AUGGAGCCUUCUGAUAUCGUCAAAGCAAGAGUUGAGGGUGUCUUACCGACUGCGAAGCGACUCGUGCAGAUCGCGGGCACGCCGGGGGCAGCGAUUGCAAUAAUUCACAAUGGCAAGCACAUCCACAGCGAAUACAUCGGUUAUCGUGACCAAGAGCUCAAGUUGCCAGUAACUGACGCGAACAUCUUCCCCUGUGCGUCUUUGACCAAGGCCGUUGUUUCUGCCGCCAUGGCCAUCUGUGUCGAAGGCGGAAAGCUUGGAUGGGACACUCCGAUCAAGGAUAUUCUUCCCGAUUUCAGCACGAAGAGUGACAUCUUACGCAACCACAUGACAGCUGUGGAUUGCCUCUCCCAUCGAGCUGGGAUGCAAAGCUCUUUAUAUUGGCUCGGCAGCAUGAACAACGUGCUCGUCUCCAAGGAAAAUAGCAUGAACUUGAUCAACGACCUAAAACAAGUAAAACGGUUUCGAAACGAGUAUCUAUACAACAACCUAGGGUACGAAAUCGCCUCACAUGUGCUAGAGCAGCACUGGAUGACGCUUCAAGAUCUGGUCAAACUCUACACAGCAUUUAUCGAGUCCGGCGAAGACCAAUUCAAAAACUGCACCACAUCCACCCCAGGCUCUCCCUUGAAGCAGACCUCGUACGCCCUGGGGUGGGCUCGAGUCCAAACUCCAGGGCCUAUGGGUGCUAUAGGUCUCAACCCCGACCUCCUAAAGCCCAAACCAAUGCCGGAAGUCGCGCGUGGUCAUCCAUCUGAGCUGAUCCUCUAUCACCAAGGCAUGAUGCCAGGGAAUUUGGCGGCUGUCAACCUCGUUCCUUCUACCAAAGGCGCAGUGAUCGUACUCACAAACUCCUUGGCGCUCAACGACACUGCAGACUGGCCUGGCCAGCUAUACCUAGAGGCCUAUCUCGGUGUGGCUCAUAGGAACGACUACGUCGCUUUGUCAGAAGAGACAGUGGAAGCUACCCUUAGCUGGUAUUUCGAUGUCUUGGCCGAACUUGAGAAAGAUCGGAUCCCAGGGACUGUUGCACGAAAUCUGUCCGAGUAUACUGGAAGAUAUUCUAACGAGGCUGGAACUAUGAUGAUCGAGAUCUUGCUCGACAGCGGCAGUGAAUCUGGCCUUAGGCUCGCAUUUCAAGGCCUCCAGUCCGAGAUGUACCCAUUGACACAUUACCAUGACGAUGUAUUCACUUGGCUGGUGACAAGGAAUGAGCUUGCUCGACGAGGACGCUUUCUCAUGAGGGCCGGUUGCGAUGAUCCCUUUCAUUUGCUGGCUCUGCAGGUGGGCAUCACCGUAAAUAUGCCCCUUUACAAGCGCUCGUGCCCAGGGUUUUGCAUAGAUUACCCUCCAUAUCCCGCGCUCCGUCUCAUUGUGAGCAUAGUAUGA